AUGCCAACUGAACCCUAUCUCAACGCAGUCACCGUGCUUGAACGCUUCAUGCCAUAUGAGCUUGGACGUCAGCGGCAGCGCUUCCACGACGACCAUCCCGGUUCGCUUCCCAUGCUCACAGACAAGGACUGGGAAUGGAUUCGCGACGUGUGCACAAAACCACCAACCCAGCCAGGCGAAGAACGAUACCCUGCUGAGUGGGUUAAUAGCGCAGAGCCAAUCAAGCAUUUUCUGCCUCGUUGGCGCAGAUAUAUGAGAUAUAAACAUCCUUAUAAGGGAUAUAGGUUUGGGUAUCGCAGGAGAUUCAAGCGUAACAAAAACCAGGAUCCUAGACUGAAAACGGACGAUAACCCUGAACCCGAAGGACAGAAAAGUCGCCAGGAUGAAAACACCGGGAUGAAUCAGGAUGCGGGAAGUGAGGUUGCACGCGAAGCUGACUCUGAACAGGAGGGCGUGGGUCAGUAG